CCCCACAGCACCCACAGGGCCCUGUCCGGGGGUGGCCAGCGGGGCUGGAUGUCCCUGAAGCUGCUGGCCCUGCUGGCCCUGGCGCUGCUCCUCUCCUGCCUGGCGCUGCUCAACUUCUCCCUGGGCUUCCUGCUGGGUGCCACCCUGGUGCCACCCGCCGCCGCCGUCAGACCCGGGGGCAACAGGCUGCCCCUGGCCAUCCUGCUGGUGCUGACCACGCCCGGGCUGUCGCUGUUCCUGGCCGUGCUGCUGGAGCGGGAGCUGCUGGAGGCGCCGGCGGGGCUGGGCGAGGCCUGGCAGCGCUUCCUGGGGGCGCUGGGCCAGGGGCUGCUGCACGAGCACCUGCACGGGGCCCAGCUCAGCCCCCUGCUCUGCCUGGGGGCCUACCCCUGCUGGCUGCUGCUCUGGAACGUGCUCUUCUGGAAGUGAUGGACACACGGACACGGCACGGACACACGGACACAGCAUGGACACGGCAUGGACACGGCAUGGACACACGGACAGACC